UCUUUUCACCUGGGCAUGCGCAGUACAUGAGGAAACGUUGCAGGUGACAGCUACAUACCAGAACGUACAUUUGUCUCUUGUGUGCCCUCUGAAGUAAACACGGGUAGAAAUUGUAUUACCGAAGACAUCGAAAAUACAUCUAUGAGCACACCAUCUGAUUUAGCGGAUCCGAACUUCUGUUGAGUCAACAUACCCGGUCUGAAGGUCUUGGUACACGACAACCAUGAACCCACAAAGUGUGGUGAUGGCCUCGGCGAAACGUCGCGCCGGUCGCGGUACGGCCACAGUAGGGAAGGCGCUGCCGGCACAAACCAACAGGCACCGGGAGUGCGCGCUGUGUCUGGAGAAGCUCAAGUCACCUCGCAUCUUGCCUUGCUUCCACACCUUCUGCCUUCAGUGUCUGACAGGACUCGUUGACAACCAGCAGCGCAAAGACAGCUUCCCUUGCCCCACGUGUCGAACAAAGAUCGACAUACCGCCAGGUGGCGUCAGCAAGUUCCAGGUCAACUUCUACAUUGAAGCCGAGGUUGACGCCGAGUCUCUGAUGUCACAGCCGCUAGCGUGUGCAACGGGCUGCACGAUGGCGGCAACUCACAAGUGCUUUGAAUGUGAUCAGCUAAUGUGCGAGAAUUGUAAACGUACCCAUGGCGCCAUUCCCGUCACAAAAUCACACACCGUUCUCAGCUUAAACAGUUCUGCAGCAAUGCUCACAUACUCUCUGGAGCCGAAGCUUAGGGAAGAGUUAAGCUCUGCUCAAGACCAGCAGAAUAAAUGGGUCAAAAACGUAGAAGUUGUAAGACAACAACUAAUGAAAGGAGCAGACGACGUAAAGAAAGCUGUUGACUUGAGUUUAAAUCAGGCCUUGAGGAAGCUGGAAGAUGAUACUAAAGAUGUGAAAUAUGAGGUUGAUAAGGCCAUAGAAGAAAUGCAGCAGCAGAUGGCGUGUUGUCAGAGUCUCUUUGAACACGCUAAACGUGUUGCUGAAAAAGGUGUGGAUGCGGACAUCCUUGACUUGCCUUCACAACUUGAAUCUUUCUUUGAGAUACCGUCUUCAGAUACAGGGUGUAUAUUAUCCGGCCAGUAUGACCGUCUGAUUGCAGCUACUUCAGAUGCAUCAGCCACAGUGAAAGAGGAGCAACCUGUACGAACUCACCGCCACCAGGAGUGCGCGCUGUGUCUGGAGAAGUUCAAGUCACCUCGCAUCUUGCCAUGCUUCCACACCUUCUGCCUGCAGUGUCUGACAGGAGUCGUUGAUAACCAGCAGGGCACAGAUAGCUUCCCUUGCCCCACGUGCCGAACAAAGAUCGACAUACCGCCAGGUGGCGUCAGCAAGUUCCAGGUCAACUUCUACAUUGAAGCCGAGCUUAAACUCUUCUACUCUGAACCUCACAUGAUAACAAAAGACAGGUUCUGCGACAAGCAUCCUCAUGAAAUUAUUCGUUUCUUUUGUCAGACAUGCAAAUCCAUCAUCUGCCGAGACUGCAAGCUAACCUCUCACGAAGGUCAUCCUUCGUGCGACCUGUCUUCAAUGGCAGAUAGUGGCAAGCAACUUUUGUCCAACAUUCGCAGAAUGUUUGAUGCCUCUCUUGAGCCAAAGCUUAAGGAAGAGCUACGCGCUGCACACGAACAUCAGAAUAAUUGGAACAAAAAGGUAGAAGAAAUAAGAAAAGAACUCUUGAAAAGAGCAGACGACAUUAAAAAAAUCGUCUACGAGAGUUUAACGGAGGAACUGACGAAGCUUAAUCAGGAAGCCCAAGGUGUGAAGUCUGAGAUCGAUGCAACUGUAGAAGAAAUGGAGCAGCAGCUGGCAUGCUGUCAGAGUCUCUUUGAACAUGCCGAACGUGUUGCUGAAAACGGUGUUGAUGCGGACAUCCUUGACUUGCCUUCGAAACUCGGAUCUUUCUUUGAAAUGCAUCCCCCAGCGACAUACCGUAACGUACAAAAUGCAUUUCACGAGGAAACGCACAAGCUGACCGCCUUCACUGGCGGAAAAUGGAGGCGUUCUCUCGAGUGGUUUCAGCCGACUCAUGCCAACUUGAGGAAUAUAAGCCAACAAGUCAAACACUACAUCGGGCAAAUAAGGAGAGUUAAUCUUCAGCAUACAGUAGAUGCCAACCCAUUUCAGCGUGUUAAAUUUGAAGCCAUUCAGAGAAACGACAUUUUAUCACUUAUCAAUGAUGUUCGCACUAACUUGACAUGUUGGAACAACCGAGAUACUAAAGCUGCUGCCCGUUCUUAUCCACCCUACGGUAGGGGACUGACAUUUGAACCGCGUGGUGGAAGGUCUCGACCUCCUGAUGACUAUAACUAUUAAAGCACAAUUGCCACUUCUCACCAACAGUUGCUUAUAGACGACAUUUUAGAGGAGGACUAAAGCAAUUUGAAACUUGAGAAUAAUUAAAUAGUAGGGAACAUAAAUCUGCUUUAAUAAGCAUCGUAUUUACUUUAAAGCAGAUGGCGACUGAACUAGAAGCCAACCGAGCUUUCGCAAUGCUCUAGCCCAGGGGUCUCAAACUCAAUUUACCCAGGGGCCACUGGAGGCAGAGUCUGGAUGAGGCCGGGCCGCAUCAGGUUUUCCACAAGAAAAGCUCUUACAAAAA